AGCCAUUUAAAUAUCGAGUGCUCCUCAAUUUCGCUGUUAAGUCUUUUAAAAAUUAUUGAUAAUUGAGUAAUGCCUUCUAUUCGCAAAAAACUGGUAUUAGUGGGCGAUGGUGCAUGUGGCAAGACUUGUCUGUUAACGGUAUUUUGUAAAGAUAAUUUCCCUUUGGAUUAUGUGCCCACGGUUUUCGAAACAUAUGUGGCGGAUGUUGAGGUUGAAGGAUCACAGGUGGAACUAGCAUUAUGGGAUACUGCUGGACAGGAGGAUUACGAUCGCUUGCGAUUAUUAAGCUAUCCUGAUACCGAUGUUAUAGUUAUGUGCUUCUCAAUCGAUCUGCCCGACUCUUUGGAAAAUAUUCAAGACAAAUGGAUACCAGAAGUGAAGCAUUUCUGUCCUAAUGUUCCCAUUAUUUUGGUUGGCAAUAAACGCGACCUGCGCUAUGAUCCUGACACCAUAAAGGAACUGUCGAUGGUUAAACAACAACCUGUUAGAACAGAAGAGGGUAUGACAAUGGCCGAAAUUGUCAAUGCCUUUGCAUAUCUCGAAUGCUCCGCCAAGAUGCAAGAAGGUGUACGGGAAGUCUUUGAAACCGCCACCAGAGCCUCCCUACAGGUCAACAAGAAGAAAAAGAAAAGGAAAUGUGCAAUACUUUAAACUUCUAGAUGUUUAAGAUUGGACAAUGGAAAACUACCUAAGUGAGUCAAAUUGGCCAUGGAAAAAUGAUUAAUAUUGGAUAACUACAGUUGAACUUUUAUGAAAUACUCGUUUGAGUUCUGUAAUACCGAAGGGUUUUCGCAGCAGCCCUGAAAAUAAAUUAAAAUAUGCUUAUCUAAAAAGCAUAUUAAUAUGAGUAAUAA